CUUAUAAUCAGUUGCAGUAUAUUUUAAUCAUAUUUAAUUAUCUUCUUUCUUAAUAUAGACAACCACUCCUUAGAAAUAAAAUAAAUCAAAUUAUAAUGGCGUUUUUUACACGUGUAAUACGCGCAAUGGAAAAAAUAUCACCAAUAUCAUUAGCAGAACAUUCAUGGGACAAUGUAGGAAAAUUAAUAGAACCACCAUAUCCAAGACAUUUUCCUUCGCGAGUACUUCUUACAAUAGACUUAACUCCUUUAGUAUUGGAGGAAGCUUUAGCCGAUAAACAAAUUGGAGUAAUUAUAGCAUAUCAUCCACCAAUUUUUCGUCCUAUUAAAAGAUUAAAUUUAGAUAAUGCUAAACAAGCUAUUGUAUUAAAAUGCGUUGCUCAAGGCAUUGGUGUAUUUAGUCCUCAUACUGCUAGUGAUUCGUGUGUCGGUGGAGUUAAUGAUUGGCUGGCCAAAGGACUUGGGGCAGGAACUAUAAAACCCAUAGCUCCUGCUCAAAAUCCACCUGAAGGUCAUGAGGAAGCCGGAACUGGUAGAAUGUUCACUUUGGAUCAACCAGCCCCACUCUCAACUAUAAUUGAAAGAGUAAAACAACAUCUAAAGCUCCGAUAUGUUAGAGUAGCUACAACAAAUAAACAUUCAUCUGGAGAAUUGAUUUCAACGAUUGGAAUAUGUGCUGGUUCAGGAUCUUCAGUACUUUUGCCUGCAACAGCUGAUUUAUAUUUUACAGGAGAAAUGUCUCAUCAUGACAUUCUUGCUGCAUUAGAUAAAAAUACUAGUGUAAUCUUAUGUGAGCAUUCAAAUACGGAAAGAGGAUAUCUUUCAGAAGUAUUAAAGCCAAAGUUAGAACAAUUAUUAAAGGAAGGUAAGGAAGAAAAAAUAGACGUAGUUGUAAGCAAAGUAGAUAAAGAUCCGUUGGAAACUGUAUAAGCAAAAAAUUGAAAAAUUAUACAUAUUUAUAAAUGCAUGAAAGUAAUUAGUUAUUGAUUAAUUUAAAUACAAUCAUAUUUAUUAAAAAUGAUAGUAUUAAAAAGUUAUCAUACAAUGGUAAUACAGAAGUAAAUAAUAAUAAU